GGAGGGGACGAAUGGGCACGUUGAACCCGAGCGGGUGGCUGAAGCGCGGGGGGAGCUGGGUAGCGGUGACGCGCGGCUGGCUCCACCUCCUUUCCCGGAGGGAGGAGGGGGAGGACAGUAUAUAAGUAGCGCUGCCGCCCUAGACGUUCUUUUUCGCAACGGGUUUGCCGCCAGAACACAGGUGUUGUGAAAACCAUCGCUAAACCUCCACAAAAAUGGGCAAGGAAAAGACUCACAUUAACAUUGUCGUCAUUGGACAUGUAGACUCUGGCAAGUCCACCACUACUGGUCACCUCAUCUACAAAUGUGGUGGAAUUGAUAAGAGAACCAUUGAGAAGUUCGAGAAGGAGGCUGCUGAGAUGGGGAAGGGCUCCUUCAAAUAUGCCUGGGUCUUGGAUAAACUGAAGGCUGAACGCGAGCGUGGUAUCACUAUUGAUAUCUCCCUGUGGAAAUUUGAGACCAGCAAAUACUAUGUGACUAUUAUUGAUGCUCCGGGACACAGAGACUUUAUCAAGAACAUGAUUACAGGCACAUCUCAGGCUGACUGUGCUGUCCUGAUUGUUGCUGCUGGUGUUGGUGAAUUUGAAGCUGGUAUCUCAAAGAAUGGGCAGACCCGUGAGCAUGCCCUUCUGGCCUACACACUAGGUGUGAAACAACUGAUUGUUGGUGUAAACAAAAUGGAUUCCACCGAGCCCCCCUACAGCCAGAAGAGAUACGAGGAAAUUGUCAAGGAAGUCAGUACCUAUAUCAAGAAAAUUGGCUACAACCCUGAUACAGUAGCUUUUGUGCCAAUUUCAGGAUGGAAUGGUGACAACAUGCUGGAGCCAAGCUCUAAUAUGCCUUGGUUUAAGGGAUGGAAAGUCACCCGUAAGGAUGGAAAUGCUAGUGGAACUACACUGCUUGAAGCUUUGGAUUGCAUCCUGCCACCAACUCGUCCAACUGAUAAGCCCCUUCGUCUACCCCUUCAAGAUGUCUACAAGAUUGGUGGUAUUGGUACUGUACCUGUUGGCCGUGUGGAAACUGGUGUUCUGAAACCAGGCAUGGUGGUCACCUUUGCCCCAGUCAAUGUGACAACUGAAGUAAAGUCUGUUGAAAUGCACCAUGAAGCUUUGAGUGAGGCUCUGCCUGGGGAUAAUGUUGGUUUCAAUGUCAAGAACGUGUCUGUCAAAGAUGUCCGCCGUGGUAAUGUGGCUGGUGAUAGCAAGAAUGACCCACCUAUGGAAGCUGCUGGUUUCACUGCACAGGUCAUUAUCCUGAACCAUCCAGGCCAAAUCAGUGCAGGCUAUGCACCUGUUCUGGAUUGUCACACUGCUCACAUUGCUUGCAAGUUUGCUGAACUGAAGGAGAAGAUUGAUCGUCGUUCUGGUAAGAAGCUGGAAGAUGGCCCUAAAUUCCUGAAAUCUGGUGAUGCUGCCAUCGUUGACAUGGUUCCAGGCAAGCCUAUGUGUGUGGAGAGCUUCUCUGAUUAUCCUCCUCUGGGUCGUUUUGCUGUUCGUGAUAUGAGGCAGACUGUUGCAGUUGGUGUCAUCAAGGCAGUUGACAAGAAGGCUGCUGGAGCUGGCAAGGUCACAAAAUCUGCCCAGAAGGCCCAGAAGGCUAAAUGAAUAUUCUGUAAAAUACCUGCCACCCCAGUCUUAAUCAGUGGUGGAAGAACGGUCUCAGAACUGUUUGUCUCAAUUGGCCAUUUAAGUUUAAUAGUAAAAGACUGGUUAAUGAUUACAAUGCAUCGUAAAAGCUUCAGGAGGAAAGGAAUGUUUUUGUGGACCAUUUGUUUCGUGGCAGUUUUAAGUUAUUAGUUUUUAAAAUCAGUAAUUUUUAAAUGGAAACAACUUGACCAAAAAUCUGUCACAGAAUUUUGAGACCAUUAAAACAGUUUAAUGCGAAACCUGUGUGUUCUUUGGGUCAACCAUUAUUAGAAUUUGGGGGUGGAAAGGAUGUAAGCAGGCACAAAUGAUUCCAUUGGCCACAGAAUCUUGGCUACAAUUUCUGGGCACAAAAAGUACUAACACUGGCAAGUGAGCUCACUUGACCUAAAAUUUGUAAUUUUUGUUUCAAAAAAUGUAUAGUUUACCUUUGAACAAAGCUGAUAGAAAUGUGUUAAUCUGACUUGUUAGGGCUGUACUUAAGCCUUUUAAUGAAAAUAAUGGUAUUCUUUUUUGUAGGUUAAGGGGUAAAGUGCUAUGAAUUUUUUUUAACAAUGCCCUUCCAAAGCCUUUUGGCUUUAGCUCUUUUUCUAGCUAGACAAUCUCAUCUAAAACACCAGCAAGUCUUCUGGUAAAGCAUAUAUAUAGGAUUAGAUGGAUUUUUUUUAAGGAAAUUGGCACUAUCUUAUAGAAAUUAUGUAAUUGUCCAUCUGUUUGAGGCGAAUAUACUAGCACUGAAAUGAGAAUUGUUUCUAUGGAGUUUUUUAGCAUUACCUCUUAAAUUCUGAUUGUGCCAAAUGGAAGUAAUGCUAUCUGGGGGGAAUGAUAAAAGAUAAUUUAGUGAAUUAAACAAUGAAUGUCAGGUGUGCCACUAGCAGAAAACUGCCAUGUUAGCUGCUUUGUUACUUCAUACAACGUGGUGUAAUAGUUUAUUUAGUAUGUGAUAGUAAUAAAGUUCCCAACUUCUAAGAUUAAUCUUAGUAUUGAAAAGCUAGCAUUCUUUCUAUGGAGUUUAUCAUUACAUUUACCUCUUAUAGUAAAAUUACCUCAAGUUCAUUUUUGGAACCAAAACUUUUAAUAGAACUAAAUCUGGAAGGUCAGAAAACACCUUCUUGAAAGAUGAAUAUCCUUAUUGUGGAUAACUUGGAAUUUUCCAGCUUUGUUAAACUGCCUCAAAACAAACCCUUAAUCGCUAAUUAGGGUGUUGGGUGGAUAUAUUAAGGGUUUAAGAAUUUUUUUGAUUAAAACAUGCAUGUUGCAUUGUGGUGGGAACCUCUGGCAGAUGUCAUGUAGAUGGAAUAUAGCUGGGAAAUGGCACUUUAGAUAAAUAUUUCUAAAUGUAAUCCACAAGGUAAAUAAGUUGUUGGAAAAUUAUAAAUGACAUUGUCUUAAUAAAGGGGGUUUUUAUUUGGAAAAGGAA